GGUGCCUCUUCCCCCAGCCCAGGCAGGUAUAAGGCUAACUCACCAGACCAAAGGAACCUAGCCGGAAAAGAGAGAGGCCACCAUGUCCUCCUGGAGCCCAGAGGGAAUCCAGAGCCCAAGGGGCUUGGACCCCCUUCUUUCUAGAACCCUGUUCCUGCUGCUAAUAAUUGUGGCCCCCUCAGCCCAGGGGGUCACCCCAACCCCUGAAGCCUGCCUUGUGUUCCAGUCAGAAAACGGCAGCACCGUCAUCUGCCAGCCACCUGCCAAAUUCUUGAGCUACCUCCGAGCCGACGCCACCUUCCUGUCUGUGGAGUUCUACAACCUCACCCAGCUGCCACCCGACAUCCUCCAGGACAUGUCUAACCUCCGAGAACUGCACCUUUCCAGCAACGGGCUGAAGAACCUCUCAGCCAAGUUUCUGUUACCUGUGCCUCAGCUGAAGGUGCUCGAUCUGACCCGCAACGCCCUCACCCGGCUGCCCCCGGGCCUCUUCCAGAACUCAGCUGCCCUCCACACCCUGGUGCUGACAGAGAACCAGCUGCAAGUCCUGGAAGCCUCAUGGUUGCAUGGCCUGAAAGCCCUGGGGCAUCUGGACCUAUCUGGAAACCGCCUCCAGACACUGCCCAAUGGCCUGCUGGCCAACUUCACCGAUCUGCGCAUCCUUGACCUUAGCAAGAACCAACUGGAAACUUUGCCCCCUGACCUUCUGAGGGGCCCCCUGAAGUUGGAGCAGCUGCACCUGGAAGGCAACAGAUUGCGAGCACUUGAAGAAGGCCUGCUGGUGCCCCAGCCAAACCUGCAUCACCUUUUCCUGAGUAAUAACCAGCUGACCACAGUGGCGGCCAGCACCUUCCGAGGUCUGAAUCAGCUGGACAUGCUGGAUCUCUCCAACAAUCUACUGACCAGCGUGCCCAAGGGGCUCUGGGCCUCCCUGGGGAAGCCCAGAGCAGCCUGGGACAUGAAGGAUGGCUUUGACAUCUCCGGUAACCCCUGGGUCUGUGACGAAAACUUGGAUGACCUCUAUCAGUGGCUUGUGGACAAUAAAGACAAGAUGUUCUUCCGGAAUAACACAUGUUGUGCUGAGCCUAAAGCCGUGAAGGGCCAGACCCUACUGGCUGUGGCCAUAACCCAUUUGAAGCUUAAGGCUGGGGUGGAGAUGGGUAGGGACGGCCUGGCAGAACACUGCAGCCCGCUGGGCAAUUAAUUGCCCCUUUGAAGGGUGAGGCAGGCAGUGCAUAAUUGCUGGACCCAUGUUGCCCACACCUCCCAAAACACUUCUUAGGCCCUGGGACCUCCUUGCCCUUGCUCAGGCCACAUCCUCUUCUGGGAACGCCUUCCCCAUAUCGCAGAUCUCUUGGUCUCCCUGUCCCUCAGCUCCCUCGCCCUCCCCCUGGCACAGCCCGGCCCACACUGGGGCUGUCUUUAUCUGGCUCUGGCUCUCUCCCCCUCCAGUUAAGGGGGGCCUCUGAGUUCAGGGCCUGAGUUGCCUCUUAUUCAUCACUUAGGGGUCAGACCCAAGGGGUUUAAUAAAUAAUUGUCAAACAGAAUUGUACAAAUUAGCGUGCACUGUGUUCCUCCAUCUCCCAAGUCACUGUCUUCCUGCAACUUCCUAAGUCUCUAGGAUGAAGGAGGAAAGAAGAGACUUGAACCAGGAUGUGGGGUGCUGGACUGGAAAUUCCAAAUGGAUGGCAAUUGGGAUCUGAUGGCCUGUGGCUGGUCCUCCUCCUCCCUUCUAUCCUGAGCUUUAACUGGAAAUAAAACUCUGACCGUU